GAUCUGUGUUGCACCGCAGCUGAAACUGCUGGAGCUGUUUGAAAUGGGUUUGAUUACAAUGGACGCUUGUUGUUGAACACACACAAGCUCAAUCGCUGACUUUGUAUAUAAACGAUCAUGUCGCUUAGGCGAAUUAAAAAAGAAAUCUUAAAGCCUUUCUCCAGCCUGGACUGAACCUGGACUGGAUUGAUGGCUUCUGUCAAUAAAUGGUUACAUUCUAAAGGAAGCCUUGUGUGUCCUGGGCUAUAAGGUGAAGCUCACAGCAGCCUGACAUUCUGGGUUUUAUUUGGUGUCACCUUCUGUCCAAUGAGGAUGAAGCUCAAACUGAAGACUGUAUUCCUGCUCUACUUUAUGGUGUCCUUAAUGGGCCUCAUCUAUGCCCUCAUGCAGUUAGGCCAGGGCUGUGACUGCAGAGAACAUGACUUUACUAAAGACCGAACCAUCUCUCAGUUGAGAGGGGAGUUACAUAAAUUGCAAGAACAAAUAAAAAAAACAGAGAAAUCGGACGCAAAAGCCUCCAGGCAAUCUAGUUUGCCUACAAUCUAUGUAAUAACACCUACCUAUGCAAGACUGGUGCAGAAGGCUGAGCUCAUACGCUUGUCCCACACAUUUCUGCAUGUACCUCAGCUCCACUGGAUCGUGGUGGAGGAUUCUCUCAGCCUGACACAGCUAGUGACAAACUUAUUGGCUGCGUCUGGACUGACCUACACACACCUACACAUGCUGACACCUAAAGACCGCAAACUGCAGGAAGGUGACCCUCACUGGCUGAAGCCUCGUGGGGCUGAGCAGAGGAACGAGGGUUUACGCUGGCUCAGGGAGAAGGCUGCUGCAGACCGGGGGAAAGGGUUAGCCUUUGACAAUGCUGUAAUCUACUUUGCUGAUGAUGACAACACAUAUAGCCUUCAGCUCUUUGAUGAGAUGCGUUACACUAAGAAAGUCUCUGUUUGGCCGGUGGGUCUGGUGGGUGCUAUGAAGUUUGAGCGGCCGGUGGUGGAAAAUGGGAAGGUGGUUCGUUUCCACACCGGCUGGCGACCCAACCGUCCCUUCCCCAUUGAUAUGGCAGGCUUUGCGGUCUCCCUGAAUCUGGUGUUGGCCAAUCCUGAGGCUUGUUUUGAUGGCAAUGCAGAGAUGGGCUUCCUAGAAAGUAGCUUUCUGCAGAAUCUGGUUACUAUGGAGGACUUGGAGCCUAAAGCUGACAUGUGCACUAAGGUGCUGGUGUGGCACACACGGACCGAAAAGCCAAAGAUGAAAAGGGAGGAGGCUCUUAUAAAGCAAGGGUUAGGAUCAGAUCCCAACGUGGAGGUGUAAGCUGCAAGAACAUUCUCCAAAAACACCCUGGUACAUCCCAGUUAAAAUAAAAAAUGCAUUUUGCUGUCAUGUUAACUUGAGAGCGUCCUUCAUUUUCAGCACGAGUUCAGUUUACUGUUGUCCAGGAAUCUCAGCACUGUACGAGUAACUGUAUGUUUAUUAUGACUGGGUGGAUGUGUUUGUGUGCGGGAUUGAAUGCAGCAUUCUAUUUAUAUAUCUAUUUAUCAUUCAUGGUGUUAUGUAGAACAAGAUGUAGAUGAUAAGUGUUUCUGCCUCAUGCCUGUAAAUCUCUGCCUUUUACAGUAAAGUUGUAUUGCUAAGUUCAGUUUGAGUGGCUCAAGUGGACCCUAGAGAACCAAAACCACCAUAAAAUUGUAUUAACUAUGUAUAUCUUUCAAAAAUAGCUUAAAAUAAAAAAACAUUUAAAACAAA